GACGUGGUCUUCAGGGCUGUGAAGCCCGAACAGAUUCAGAUGGCCAUCGCCAUGCAGGGGACCAAAGAAGACCAGAAGAUCUACGACAUGGACUGGUCAGAAUGGUCACAGUCCCCGAGCGAGGCAAGCGAUGACAAAGAGCCCGUGAAUCUCCUCGCUGCUGCUGACACCUCGGACCUCCUGCGAUCUAAGGGCCUGGUGCAGGCCAUGGGAGCGAUCUCGGCGGCCCAACAGUUUGAGGACGUGAGGUCUUUGGUAGUUGACUCGUUGGCAGAUACCUUGGGCACAGACGACUUGGAUGUGAACACACCGCUCAUGCAGCUGGGCCUCCAGUCCACGGCAGGCGUGGAGUUCCGCAACAGCCUUCAGGCUUCCGUGGAUGGCAUUAACCACACGCUCACAUUCAAUUACGCCACAGUCCCAGAUCUGGUGGAGUACAUCUGGUCUCAGGCGAAUCUCAUAGCAGCCCCUUGA